GUGACACCAGCCGGCAUUUUCUGUGGAGAAGGAAGAGCGCAGCUUCAUAAAAACUCUUUUCCUCCUUUUUUUUUAUAAUUAAAAAUACAUUUUAAACCCUGAAAACAAGAUGGUGGUGGUGACAGCAGGGCCCGGAGGAGCCCAUAAAGUGCUUCUUAUUUCUUCUUCACACUCCGGCGACUCGAACAGCGCUGCUCUUCCUUUACGGAAAAGGCAGCGACUCACACAUCUGAGUCCUGAGGAAAAAGCACUUCGGAGGAAGCUGAAGAACAGAGUCGCAGCACAGACAGCAAGAGACAGAAAAAAGGCCAAAAUGGGAGAACUGGAGCAGCAAGUCCUGGAACUGGAGCAUGAAAAUCAGAAACUCCACAUGGAGAACCAGAUGUUGAGAGAAAGAACGAGCGAUCUGAUGAGCGAGAACGAGGAGCUGAGACAGAGACUGGGGUUGGACACUCUGGUCAGAAAAGAGAAGGUGCAGGUGUUGGAGUCCGGCAAGAACGAUUUGGUUUUGCUGAACGGGUCUUCUGAGUCCGCAGCACUCAGGCUACGUGUGUCCGCAGCAGGUGCAGGCCCAGCUAUCGUCAAAGCUGAAGAGUUCCCCAUGGAUUCUCACGUUCCUAGCACUUCAGACUCUGAGUCUGAUCUCUUGCUUGGCAUUUUGGACAUCAUUGAACCAGAGCUGUUCCUCAAAGAAGCUCCAGAGCAGAACCAUCCUGAGCAGUUCCUGCUGGUCGGAUCAACCCCUGGUCCGCUACCUACCCCCUCAUCUGGAGUUGUGGGGGCCACACCAGUUAAGCUGGAGGCCCUUAAUGAACUGAUCCAGUUCGACCACAUUUACACCAAACCGGUAGUAGAUGCAGUAGAGGAGGAGGAAGAUGAUGAGGAGGAGGAGGAGGAGGAAGUCUCAUCGUCCUCUGAAGACGAGGAAGUGGAGGUGGAAGUCGAAACGACGUCCAUCAAAGACGAACCCGAGGAAAUGAUCAUCCCCGUGACUGAGAGCGACUCGAUCGCGGUCGACGACUUCCUUUCCGAGGCGUCCUCGUCCUUCGGAGGCUUCGACAAGACGGCGUACCUGAUGUCCGAUACGUACAGCGACUCUGGAUACGAAAGGUCACCUUCCCCUUUCAGCGACAUCUCGUCCCCGCUUUGCCCCGACACCUGCUGGGAAGACAUGUUUGCUAACGAACUUUUCCCACAACUUAUUAGCGUCUAAAUAACCAACACGUCGCUCGGUUUCCAACGUAAUCCUAGCGUACAAAAGAUCAUUUAAAAAUAAAUAUAUAUCUCCUACAUUAAUGUACAGUCGGCACAAAUUUCCUUUUCUUUUUAAAUCCCCUACUGAUACCAAUAAGUUUUUCUUCAGGGAAAGAAGUUGGAGGUUUACAAAAAGCAAAGUUCAGUAUUUUUGUCUGAGACAAAGGGGAAGUUCAGUGGGAAAUUAUUAUUAUUAUUAUUUUUUUUUUUUUUUUUUUAAAUGUAUUUAUUUGUACCCGUUUCCAGAGUCCUGUAUCGUAAUCUGUCCACUUAAAUGUUGUAUACCAUCCUUUUUCUUAGCGCCUUCCUCGUGAAAUCUUCUACUGCAUUAAAAAAAAUUUUGCUUCGCA